UUCUGCGCAACUCCGAGCAUUUCCCCUGUCCCUCGCCAUCUGCUGGAAGCUGCACGAGUGAGGAGAUGUAUUGAACAGGCUGAGUGCGCGUGCAGAGAUGCGCGAGUAUCCGCGAAUUCCCGGCAGCACGGGGCCGCAGUCCGCACAAUAAAGAAAAAAAUUGCACGGAGUUAGGGGAACGGAGAGGCGAGCAGCCAGACGGAGACAGAGAGACCGUCCUAAUCCUCCUGGACGCCGAAGAGGCAGACUCGAUUAAUAGUCACGGUCGCGAGAGAAACGACGUCGUCCUCGCCGGUAACCCGGGAUGAGAGUGACGUUGGUACUUUAAGCCGAGAGCUUCCGGAACGGUGGACGUCGAUGGGCCACCGUAGUCUGGUGAAACGUUUCGUUUGAUCGACUUUGAAAUAAUCGUCGGUCAUGUAAACGGCGUGCUCGCGUUUUAACUGGAGGUCCGUUCUUCGAACUGGGAUAAGCGAUAACGAGGAUGAGACCUAGUGCGGUUCUUCUGUUGCUCUUCCUGUGCACCUUCUACCUGGCUACCGAGUCGAAGCUACAUCAACAGGCGGCCGUAGACGAGGAUGACGACGACGACGACGAUUGGGACGACGACGAGGACGAGGAGGACGACGACGAGGACAGCGAUCAGUCUUAUCCGUCCAAGACAGAGGUGGACGACGAUGGUCGGAUCUACAAGAACCCGAGGAAUUCGCCGUCGGCGAUGUGUCCCAGGGACGAGAAGCAAGCGGGUCUCCUCGGUCAGAAGUGUCUGAGAAAGUGCUCCACCGACGAGGACUGCAAGAGCAAGAAGAAAAAGUGCAGAUGCGACGGUGCCUGCGGGAUGUCUUGCAUCAAACCGGAGAGGGAAUGUCCGGCUCUCCCCGAGAUCCAACACGGCGUGAUGACAGUGACCGGCAGAUUUUUCGGCGAUCGUGCCCAUUACACCUGCGAUCCUGAUUACUUUACCGUCGGCCUGACCGAAAUAACGUGCCGAGCCGACGGCCACUGGACCGGCACUACGCCAUCCUGUAAAAAGGAUCCAAGCUCCUUUUGUUCUCAACCACCGAAAGUGAAGAACGCCCGGCACAACGCUCUCGUCGAACAGACGACCUUUGAUCUCGACAGCGUCGUACAAUACUUUUGCGAUCAUGGAUACGUAACCACGGGUGUUAAGGAAGCGAAAUGCCUGUUGAUGGAAGGUAUAGCUAGCUGGUUCGGUCCUGAUAUCACAUGCGAACCACAAACCUGUGGUCCACCGGCGGACAUCUCCAACGGUUGGCACGCUGGCGAGUGUUACACGUUUGAUUGUCGCGUGUCGUAUCAUUGCGCGGACGGCUACGAAUUGGUCGGCAAAGCUGAGAAGUUGUGUUUGGCUGACGGCACAUGGACCCCGAAAGAAACGCCACAAUGCGUCCAAGUUACGACGGUGCAAUGCCCGAAACCGGAGAACCCGGUCGACGGGAAGGCUGUGUACACAUCGUAUGCAUACAAUUCGAUCGUGUCGUACGAGUGCAAUUACGGGUACACGGUGGUUGGCGCGGCGACAAGACGGUGCGGGGCUGAUAGAAAAUGGACUGGAAAGACACCUACCUGUCAGGAGAUUGAUUGCGGUUCACCUGGUGUUCUGUACAACGGUUGGAUUGAGAAUAUCGAGGCGGGCACCGGUCUAGGCGCGAGCAUAAUUUUCCGCUGCAAAGACCACAUGAAGCUCGAAGGGAAUACGUCAUCCGUCUGCCAGAUCGACGGGACGUGGCGUUAUCCGUUGCCGCAGUGUCUCGCACCGUGCGUGGUGCCGCAGAUAGAGAACGGUCACAUAACCGUGGCGAGCAACGAUCACAUCAACAACGUGACCGUGGUGGAGCACGGGGAGAGAUUGCUGGUCUCGUGCGUGCAGAAUUAUGAAUUCGCGGCUAACAGCACACCGGUGAUGUGUAACAACGGCACGUGGUCGAUAGUGCCGAGUUGUUCCCCGGCCAGGUGCAAGCUGAUGCCGAAACCGCCGAAAAAUGGUAUGGUGAUCGCGCCUAAAACCGACCACGGCAUGAAGGCGGUAUUCAAAUGCAAGGACGGCUUCGAGCUGAUCGGCGGAGGGCCGUUAAACGCCUCGUUGUCGGUCGAGUGCCAAUAUGGAAAUUGGAUCGGCGACAUACCGCACUGCGGGCAAGUGUUCUGCCCGUUUCCGGGCUUCAUCGAGAACGGAAAGGUGUUCCUCAUGGGGAACAUGGGCGUCUACGAUUACAGGCCGUACGUUAAGAAGGUUGUGAACAAUAAACAGAUCAUGUACGAUUGCGACAAAGGAUACGUGCUGAACGAAGGACCCACCGGAGCUACUUGCAUCGGAGGAAACUGGAGUCCGAGGGAACUGCCCAAGUGUAUACCUGGACAACAUCCCAGGCUGAGAUGGAGCAGACGCAGGAGAUCCGUCAGUGAAGAAGAUCUUACCAUGAGCUAUAGGAAAUUCAUCGAGUUCUUCCGUAAGAUCGGCAAGAAACUGCUGCACCUGGAGAUGAACAAGGGGAAAGAUCACUCUAAACACAAAUCGGACGCGAAAAACUCGAACGCGACUCAUCACGACAACAGCACGGAAAGUUUAUCCUGGAAGAAGCACGCUGGACACGGGAACAGGUCUCGGCUGCGCGAGGAGAAGAUGAUCGACUUCCUGAAACUAGUCUAUCGGAAGCUUCAACGAAUCGACGCAAGACAAUCGAACAAUUCCACGAACGGUAGCAUGCACGAUCUUCUGAACGCGAUGUCUAAGAACUUCUUUCACGUGGACCUGUCGGAAUCCCGUAGGAACGGGACAGGAGGCAGAGGACGUUCGGAGUUCGAGAUCAGGAAUCAGAGAGAAUUCAUCAAGUUGAAGCGAGAAUUCGAGAGAAUCAUGCGUUUCUACAAUAAAUCGAUGCGAUGGAACGAGAAGCAGAAUCGCAAGGAGUCGAAGAAGAAGGGCCAGUCUCACGGUGAAAAAGGAAAGAAAUCAAAGGAGAAGAAGAAACACAGGAAGAACUAUUACAAAGGAUUCUACGAGUUCGUCAACAGUUACGUAACCGAGAAACUAUCGAUGUUGGAAGCACGAAACGCGACCGAAGAGUUGAUCAAAAACAUGAAGAUCGAUAAGUUCACCGUGAAAAAUGGCACCACGUUCACCGUGGGCGAGAUGUACGCGUUCUUCAAACAUAUCAUAGAGGCUAAACUGAACGCGAGCGAGGAGACAACGCCGACCGAGACGUCUUCGACCCCGUUCCCCUCGUCCACGACGGCCUUCGUCGUCAGCACGACUAUCUCGAGCGUGUCGACGAGCGACGGCAACACGACCACCACGUUACCAACCCCGAAAGAGAUCGAAUCCCACGAUAAUCGAUCCUCGACGAUCGCCAGUAACGAGUCCUCCGUCCUGGACAACGAGAUACCCGCCAAAGAAGGUGUGCCAAAGCACCGCAGCAAACGAAUACGAAACGCAUCCGAGGACGCUGGCCCUCCGCGACAGAAGAGGAGGCUGCUGUCGUUGAUCGGUAACAAGAACAACGAUGGAUCAUCGUGGCACCGGGUCUCGAAGAGAUCGUACGCCUACGACGACGAGAAGACCAGGCUGUUCACGUUCAGGGAACUCGAGGCUCAACAGCAGAGCCGUUCGAAAAGAUUUCUACCAUUGUACGAGCUGGAUAAUCAAAUAUUUCUGAAGAACUUGUAUCUGAACGCGUACGAGGACGGGUAUCGAACGAACGUGAAACGAUCGAUCGUUUUAGGAAAUCGUACGAACGAGCCGAUCGUUUACAGGCGGCGCAAAGGGAACCUGGUCGAUUACGAGAUCAAGUGAAUCGAGAUCUUUAGUUCACUUUUUUCUUUCUUUCUUUCUUCCAAUUCCUCGUUUUUCUUUGUGUUGUGGUACCGAUCGGAAUUCGACGAGGUCAUUUAAACGAUAUCAAAGUCGAUUUUUAGGCGAGUAUACAGCACAUAUACGGAUAGAUUGUAAUCGUUGUCCCUGGUCGAUGCGCAUUGUAAGACGUGUAUCGCGCUUUUUUCAUCAAUAAAUCCAUUUUUCCAUUGCGAGUCUCUCGGUGUACCCGAUUUAAACACGGGAUUCAUUAUUCGACAAUUUAUCGACGCGAUGUGAGCUUGAUAGAUCGGCCCACCAGUCCCUGUUCUUCUUCUAUGAUAUUCUCUUUCGUUCAACCCUCGUCGUGUCGUUUUAGCUGGGAGAGCAGUGAGUUGUGACAAAUCCUGGGCAGUCGAAAUUAAUUUUCGUGGUGAUCGAGGUCAUUAAAUUUUAAGACUGAUCUGCUUUAAAUUUUAAUAUCUGUGAUUUGGUUUGUGGAAAAUUUUUAAGUUUCUUCUAAGAAAUUUAAGUGAAAGUGUUUCUUUCUUUCUUCCUGAUUCUUAAUCAAAUAUCACAAUGAUAGUUGAUAGUUAAUAUAUACGAGUGAAAAAUCAAAGGAACGAACGUAUCGACUGCAAAAGAGGUGAAGGUACUUUAGGUAUCUAGAAGGUAAACCUAGAGAUCAAUCGCAUCGAUGAGUACGCCUUUCUUCUUUUUAAAAAUGUAGUUAGCUCACAUCGCAAAGUAUUUUAAGCUCUUCGAAAAAUCCUAUUAGUAGAGGAUACGUUAACGUAUUUUAAGUAUCACAAGUGGGAGUAUCGUGUCCAAACACAGUUUUGGAACUCGUUCAAGCAAAACGAUCUUCCGUUGAUAAUUAAGUUUUUCAAUGAACUCGCGAGGCUGUGUUUGUUAAAUCAUUGUAUCGAUUAAAAAAAGAAUAGGUUUUUUAACUGUUAUCGAAAGCAUUGUAACGUUGCGACGUUGUACAUACGUUAAUUUAACGUGUUUCUCUUCGGUUUGAUACCAAGAUGAAGAAAAAAAAAAAUAUACGGUCGUAUCAAUAUUCCCGUCCUUGUCUAUUCGUAAUUAACUUUUACUUGCAAACAUUUAAGGUUCAAAGAAUACGUUUGAACCAUAUGUAUCGAUCUAUCGGUCGAUCGAUCUAUCAAACAUCAGACACAUUAUCGAGCACACCAUACACACACACACGUACACAUGAACCACUCUUAAACACUGGUGCAUUUUUAUGAACAACAAAUCAUGGACAAGUAUCAUUAGUGAAUAAUAAGUAUUAUGAUACGAACAAUAUUAA